AUGGUCCAUUCGCGCCUCGCCUGGUACCUUGAAAGUGCGGGCUUCUUCCCGCAGGUGAUGGCCGGAUUCAGACAAGGUAGAUCUGUCGUUGACAAUGUCAUCGCUGUCCCCUCCUCCGCGCAGCAAGCCCGAUCUGAAGGCCUACAUACCGCCGCUGUCUUCCUCGAAGUUCUGAAGGCUUACGACAGCGUACUCCACAGUACUGUUGUGGCGACACUCCAAGAGGCUGGCGUGGGGGGCCGGAUGCUGUCGUGGAUUCAGGACUUCCUAUUGGACAGGUCUUUGUUUGUGCGCACUACGGAAGGGGACACCCAAUCCUUCUCUGGAUUGGGUAGUGUGCAAGGUAGUGUGCUCAGCCCUCUUGUGUUCAACGUUGUCAUGGCCUCCCUACCAGCUCACCUCCGAGGCAACGUCAGUAUCACCAUUUAG